CCUGCUGGUUUAAGGAUGUCAGGAGGCAGUUUUUGGAGAAAGCGCAGCAGAGCGCACUGAUCCAGUGUCAGACCGCUGCUGGUGGACUUAACCCGGGGACAAAGCUGCAUCACCUCACCUGCACGGAGGAACCUCUCCCGCUCUCAAUCUUUCUCUCUCCCUCACAGUUCCCUCUCAUUUCGGGGGGAAUUGUGCGCAUUGGCUGUUCUUCUAUACUUGGAUGGAGCGCGUACGGGACUGUGGUUCCUCCGCUGGGAUGUUGGUUCUCGGGGUGCUGUUGGUGCUCUGGCCCGCGCUGGACGGAGUCUGGGGGUUUAACCUUCACGCAGAGCAUCCCACGGUUUACAGGGGACCCGAUGGAAGUUAUUUCGGUUACUCAGUGGACUUCUACCAAGACACCGCCGACAGCAACACGAUCAGUGUGUUGGUGGGGGCCCCUAAGGCGAACACCUCCCAGCCUGGCAUCGUGGAGGCUGGAUCUGUCUACUACUGCCCCUGGCCUGGACUGCCUGACAGCUGCAGGCAGAUUCCGUUUGACAGUUCCAAUAACAGAAUGAUGAAGGUGAAUGGCACCAGGGAGCCUGUGGAAUUUAAGUCACACCAGUGGUUUGGAGCAUCUGUCAGGACACACAAAGGAAAAGUGGUGGCCUGUGCUCCGCUCUACCACUGGCGCACAGUGAAGCUGAGUGGGGAGAAGGAACCUGUGGGGACUUGCUAUGUGGCCGUGCAGAACUUCAGCGCCUACGCAGAGUACUCUCCGUGCAGGACCAGCGAUCCAGACCCAGAGGGGCAGGGGUUCUGCCAGGCUGGCUUCAGUGUGGAUUUCACCAAGGAAGGAAAGCUGGUGGUAGGAGGACCUGGAAGCUUUUACUGGCAAGGUCAAGUGAUGACAGCAGGGAUAGCUGAGAUACUGAACGGUUACUCUUUGAAGGCAAUCCUGAGAAAGGUUCCAGGAGAGAAAUACACUCGAGCGGCUGAGGACACACAUGAUGACAGCUACCUCGGUUACUCUGUGGCGGUGGGGGAGUUUACGGGAGACUCUGAACAAGAGCUGUUAGCUGGAGUCCCGAGAGGAGCACAGAACUUUGGAUAUGUGGUAAUGAUCAACUCCACCAAUCUGACCUUCAUCCAGAACUUCACAGGGGAACAGAUGGCCUCCUAUUUUGGCUACUCUGUGGCUGUCACCGACCUGAAUGGAGAUGGGAUGGACGAUGUGCUGGUCGGGGCACCCCUCUACAUGGAGAGAGAAAUGGAGAGCAAACCCAGGGAGGUGGGCAGGGUUUACUUGUACCUGCAGAUGGCACCGCUCACGUUCUCCAAUCCCAUUGCACUCACCGGCACGCACACCUUUGGACGCUUUGGCACGGCUUUAGCACCCUUGGGGGAUAUCAACCAAGAUGGGUACAAUGACGUGGCGGUGGGUUGUCCAUUCGGAGGCGAGGAGCGUGGAGGCAGAGUAUUGAUCUUUAAUGGGAACAGAGACGUAUCCACGCGAGGCUUGAUGCUGAGCCAAGAGCUAAGAGCAGCCUGGACCCCAAGUGGCAGCUUGUCGGGAUUUGGAUUCACUGUGAGAGGAGGCCAAGACCUGGACAGCAAUCAGUAUCCUGAUCUGAUUGUGGGGGCGUUUGGCGCAGGCGAGGUGUCGGUGUACAGAUCUCGAGCUGUAGUGUCUGUGGAAGCUGCAAUGACCCUGACACCCAGAAUCCUGAACCCUGAUGACCGACAGUGUCACCUGCCUCAGACAGACAUCAUGGUCACCUGUCUGAAGGUGAAUGUGUGUGCAGCAGUGAGCGGUGUGGGGAUCCCCAGCUCUGUCGACCUGAGAGCGGAGCUGCAGCUGGACUGGUUGAAAGGCAGCAGGGGGGGAGUAAAGCGAGUUCUCUUCCUGGACACCCAACAGCCUCAGCACACGGGGAUCCUAAGGCUGGGUCAGAGCCGCCCACGUGCAUGCCUGAGCUACACCAUUUACCUGAAAGAGGAGGAUGAGUUCAGGGACAAGUUAACCCCCAUUUCACUGGCUCUGAACUACAGCCUCGCUCCUCCCCCACGGGACCAAAACCUCCCACCUGUCCUUAACCACUAUAGCAGCACUUUCCUCCAAGAGCAUGCCUACAUUCUCCUGGACUGCGGAGACGACAAUAUUUGUAUCCCCGACCUGCAGCUCUCUGCCAGCAUAGACCGCUCAGAGCUGGUGAUUGGAGAUGACAAUCUGGUCAUGUUGACCAUCACUGCGGCGAACCGAGGAGAGGGAGCCUACGAGACAGAGCUACACACACUGAUUCCACCAGAGGCUGACUACAUCGGAGUGGAGCGCAGAGUGGAGUCUCUGUCUCAGCUGAACUGCGAGUACAAGAUGGUCAAUGAUUCCAGGAUGGUGGUGUGUGACCUCGGGAACCCGAUGGUCGCUGAGACCGAGCUGUCUGUUGGUUUGAGGUUUUCUGUGCAAAGGCUGGAUGAUGCGGGACCGAAAAUCAGCUUUGAGCUACAGAUCCACAGCUCCAACAAAGAUAACUCCAACAGCAACCCAGUCAGUUUGAAUCUGUCCAUCGUUGCUCAGGCUCAACUGGAUUUACGUGGCCUCAGUCACUUGAGACCUUGUAAUAAGACAGAGGAGAACACAAUACUGACAACUCUGCGCCCCCCCCCCCUCUCUCUAUGUCUCUAGCUCCACAACUCUGGUCCCAGCAGUAUCCGAGAGGCCGAGCUUCAAGUCGGCUGGCCGUCCCAUUUCCGUGAAGAGAACCUGCUGUAUGCCAUGGAGAUUCAAACUGACGGACCAAUUAGCUGCCGGACGAACACCAGCCUCAACCCUCUCGGCCUUCAGAUCUCCGCUCUUCAGGACACACCUGAAUUAUUGGGUUUCCUGAGGAACACCAGUUCUCCUCCCCGCCGCCACAAACGAGCCGUCAGCAAAGCUCAGAGUUAUAGCGGCAAAACCUUGAACUGCACUAAUAUCUCCUGUCUGAGGAUCACAUGUGUGGUCGGCCGGUUGGAUCGUGGACAGAGCGCAGUGGUUAAGAUCCGCUCGAGACUCUGGGCACACACGUUCCUGCAGCGGCGUAAUGACCCAUAUGUCCUCAACUCCACUGUGGCCUUCAUGGUCACAGCCAUGCCUUAUCGAAUCCAACCUCGCAUUCUGCCUCAGCACAGCACCUCGAUGGGGACCCUGGUGUUGUGGGGGACUCCUGAUGUAUCGUUUGCCGUUCCCCUCUGGGUCAUCAUCCUGGCCAUACUGCUGGGGCUGCUGGUGCUGGCCAUGCUAACACUCGCCAUGUGGAAGUGUGGUUUCUUUGACCGGGCGCGGCCGCCAACUGACGGCGACGUCUCUGACCAGGAGCAUCUGACGUCUGAUCAAACAGGGGACGCCUAAGUCGAUGCACGACAGCCCCUGAAUGGAGGACUUUGGUUUGGGAGGGAUGUGCACCUUCUGAGUAACUUAAAUCAGAUCUGAGAUCUGUAGUCAUUGGACCCUUCAUUCCUUGGCUGCACAUCUUCUGCCUCUCUAUUAAUGACAUUGACUGAAAGGACAGAAGGAAGACUGCAGCGCCGCUCCCGCUUGGGCCGAGGAGAGAGGCUCGAACCAGACAGAAUGGGACCAAAACCCACUAAACAGGCUCAAUCACACACACAUGUCUAUUGUUUAUCCUUCACAGUGAGGCACCCGAACUGAAGACAGGACAGACUUUGUUGUGAGGGCAAUGCUUUAAAUGUUUCUGAACGUUUUCAUGUGUCUGUGUUAGAGAGGCACAAAGAGACACGAGGUCUAUGCACAAGUGCUUUUGUGACUGUUUGUCUAUUGUGUGUGUGUGUGUGUGUGACUGUGUGUGCAGGUACUGUACAUAUGUGUGUUUAUUAGGUGCCCUUUGUGUGAGCCUUUCAUUCACUUAUUGAAUUCCUUCCCCACCUAAUUUAAUUUAUCCUGGUUCUUCAGAGCAGGCUGUAUACAGGUUGCACACACAAAUACACACACAUACACACACACACACACAUGCAUAGGAUCCUCAUGCAUUAACACAAAGGCACAUAGUUAACGUGUAUAUUUAAGAAUGUAUGUGCAAUAUUUGGGUGUUGUGUGAUACUGAAGCUUGUUUACACUGGCAUUAUUUUUAUCAGAGCUUAAUGUUUCCAUUGUUUAUGUAUAUAAGUGUAUAUUAGAUUUUAGUAUUCAGAAGCAAAUGAGUGAUUUAAGCCACGUGACAUUUUAAAAAGAUUAAAGUGAGGAGACAAAUAAAUAAAUAACUUAUUACUGUGGUCUGUUACUUUGGAUUUGAUAAGACUUCAGACUUGUCUGUUAAGACAAAGGGUCCAGAACAGAAACACAUUUAUCUGUGUCUGUUCAAUGUUGUCAUUUCUUUAUGUGAUAAUAAAAUAUAUGCAAAGUGUGAGGGCAUCAACAGUACCCAGAAUUUAAACCAA